AUGGAAUCAGUACUUCACAGAUCAACGGCGUGGAGCUUGGGAAAGAGUUAAUGUAAGUUGUGGUGCGUCGCAUUUGUUUGUGUUUGAAUCCGUUGCAAAGUUAGAAACCUGACUCCUUCCCUUUUCUCACCCUCACCGGCCCGGCCAGCGAUCGCAAUCAACGCGCCACACCUAACGGUGAAGCCGCAGGUGGUCUUCAUCCACCACCAUUUAAUCACACCCAAGAUGUAAGUAGUAAUGUAUAUGUUUGCUUUUGUGUGCUCCAGCGUCUGAUGAUUGGGCUGACCCGGGUGUGUGCAGUCAUUGGAAAGAUGGAGGGAGUCACAGGGGGCGAGCCGGUGCUGGAGGCCGGCGUGAUUCCGCCUGUUCCCACUUGGACCCGGAGAACAUUCUUGAGCUGCCCGAUUACAGUCAAGUUUAUGCGGAGAUCCGGAAGGGGCUCUCUACCGGUCGCAAGUACGCCAAAGGAUAUCCCACGCAACUCCCCGUGACUGUCGAUGAGCACCCUGGGCGAUUUGCACACACCAUCCUCCGUGGUGAUCUGUGGGCGGCUGUCUGUACCGUCGAGGCUCGCGCUUGGAGGGACAGGUCCUCCGGCAAAUGGCACGGGAGCCUAAACUUCAUGCCCCUCAGGAUUCGCGUGCACGGCCAGAACGACGUGACUACUUCUUGAAUGUAUCGUAUGUGCAUAUUGCAUCCGCCUGAUGUACUUUCUCUGGCUGAUGUGCGGCAGAUGACACGCCAGACCGCAACCCCCGGGCCGGCCGUCCGACUCAGUCCUAGGCGCUCGGCAAUGGACGCCAAGCUGGACAUUGACUUGUCGAGCACCGAUGGACAAGGUGGUGAGUUCAAGCCCGCAAUUUUUUCCACAACACCUUUUAUACCGGCUCACUACUGACGGUUCACGUUUCUUGGCGUUUUACAGUGACUGACAACAACAAGAAGUACGGCUCACGCGCAGGCGACUGA